AUGCCUCCAUUGAAUGUCGAUCUCACCUUCGUCGGAACCGCUUCCUCUUCCGAAUCACUCUUGCGUAACUUCGGUCAUCAAGUGGGUGGCAGCAAUCAUUAUUGCGUCAUUUGUUAA